GCUGAGUACGAGGCCUGCAUCACCCCGCUGCAAGCACCCUGUACCCGCUGCGGAUACGUCUGCUCAUCUCCAGCCACCUACACAUUGAUGCUCUUCACACGCUUGCUACAAUCCACUUCCUCCUCACUUCGUCACGCCUUCCGAACUCGACUUGCUUUAAACCGAGCAGCAUUAAGCACCAGUAUUCGACCAAUGGCACAGGAGUUCAAGCUCAAGGGAAUCACGUCCCUCAGCCUCAAGAACGGGGACAAGCAAGAGGUUGAGGUCGAAGGGGUCGAGGGAGGCAAGGUCCUGCUCUCGAAGGUACAAGAUCAAGUCUUCGCUACGUCGGCAAACUGCACUCAUUACGGAGCCCCUUUGAAACUGGGCGUACUUACCGGAGAGGGCCGGCUAACUUGUCCGUGGCACGGAGCUUGCUUCAAAGUCUCGACCGGCGAUGUGGAAGAUGCACCGGCCCUAGAUCCACUCGCAACAUACGAGAUAGUCGAGAAGGGCGGCGCCGUCUUUGUAAAAGGAGAUGAAGCUACGAUCAAGGCAAAUCGGAGAUUCUUGAACCUCAAGUGUUCCUCGGUGAGCCAGGAGAAAGUACUUGUCAUCGGAGGUGGGAGCGGAACCCUCGGCGCCAUCGAGGGCCUGCGGGGCGGGGGAUAUACCGGCCAGAUAACCGUGCUCUCCAAGGAAGGCCAUCAGCCAAUUGACCGCACGAAGCUAUCGAAGGCACUGCUCGCUGAUCUCUCUAAAGCUACCUGGAGGCCUUCCGAAAUUUACAAAGAUGCAUCGAUCGAAAUAAUAGCGGAUGAAGUGCAGAGCGUGGACUUCGUGGGUACGAAAGUUUCGACGAAAUCUGGUAAGACGUACGAGUACACCAAACUUGUGUUGGCGACUGGCGGAACUCCGAGGUGGCUUCCCCUCCCAGGCCUCAAGGGAGAUCUGGCGAAUGUUUUCGUGCUCCGCUCUCUACCCGACACGCAAAAUAUCCUGAAGGCUGUUGGUGACAAUGGCAAGAAGAUUGUUGUCAUUGGUAGCUCCUUCAUAGGUAUGGAAGUCGGUAAUUGCCUGGCUGGUAUGAAGAACGACGUGACUGUCAUUGGCAUGGAGUCAGCGCCAAUGGAGCGUGUAAUGGGUGCCAAAGUUGGGGAGAUCUUCCGCAAGCUCCUAGAGAAGAAUGGUGUGAAGUUUUACAUGGGUGCGAGUGUGGAUAAGGCUACCCCUUCGAAGAGUGAUUCGUCUAAGGUCGGAGCUGUCCACCUUAAGGAUGGCACUGUUCUGGAAGCAGACCUCGUGAUAGAAGGCGUGGGUGUCACCCCAGCGACCGAAUAUCUUAAAGAGAACUCCACAGUCACGCUCGAGAAAGAUGGAUCUCUCAAGACAAAUGAGUCGUUUGAGGUCGAAGGCUUAAAUGACGUUUAUGCCAUUGGAGACAUCGCGACAUAUCCCUACCAUGGUCCCGGAGGAAAUGGCAUUCCCGUACGAAUAGAACACUGGAACGUUGCACAGAAUGCGGGCCGCUCCGUUGCCAACGUAAUUGUUCACCCAGGUGCCAAGCCCAAGCCCUUCAUCCCGGUAUUCUGGUCUGCCCUUGGAUCUCAGUUGCGGUACUGCGGUAACACGAUAGGUGGCUACGAUGACAUUGUCAUAACAGGAGAGCCAGAGAAGUCAUCCUUCAUAGCCUAUUACACCAAAGGCGAGACUGUCGUAGCGGUUGCCUCCAUGAUGAAGGAUCCAUAUUGCAUGCAAAGCGCUGAGCUCAUGAGACGGGGCAAGAUGCCUAGCAAAAGUGAGCUGCAGAAAGGCGUUGACAUCCUGGAGAUUAAUGUUCCGGCCGAGGUGAAGAUGUGAGACUCGAAGAGUUCGGAGACUGUGAGGGGUAGUUGACGUUGACGUGGACUUGGUCAGGAAGUGAGAUAAAGGGGGCAUGUGUACGAAGAGUUCCAAUCUGUAAUGACGUCUAAGUGAGAGAAAUCCGUGUCCACCUGCUCUAUACUGUAGAUGGGCCAGUCAUGAAAAGAAUAUAUACAGGAGGAUAGGCACAUCCAACCUCACUCAUACCUGCUUAGAACAACC